GAGUGGCGUCUAUUAGUAUUUCGCAUAGGGCUCGAGCAGCAGAGUAAAAUAGUAGCAGCCAUUUUAGUUUUUGUGUAGAAAAGAAAAUGAAGCUUUUAUUAGGUUUUUUGGUUGUCCUGGCAGCAGGUCAUAUGGUCUUGGCCGAUAAUUUCAAUGUGGUUUGUUUCUAUGAUACAUUCAGUGUCCUGAGAGGAGGUUCUGCCAAUUUCACUCAAAAUGAUUUGGAAACAUCCCUACAGCUUUGCACCCACUUAGUGUAUGGCUAUGUGGGUAUGCGGCCGGGAUCCUACGAAGUAGUGACUCUAGAUAAGCGACAGUUACCCAUAUUUCAACAAGUGCGUGAACUUAAGAAGAAAUAUCGCAAUGUUAAAUUCCUAUUAAGUUUGGGCGGCAACGAAGAUCACAGCAAUCCGGAAAAGUACUAUGGUCUUCUAAAUGGCGAUGUUGGUAAACACCAAGCCUUUGCCAAAUCAGCUUUAGACUUUGUUCGGCAACAUCAAUUUGAUGGUCUGGAUUUGGCUUAUCAAUUGCCUACGGAAGAGGCCAUUAAGAAACGUUCGAAAUUCCUGAGCAAUUUGAGCAAAGUUAGCACAGCGGUGACGAAUAAGGUGAAAAGUAAUCUGGGCUUAAGUGAGGAUAGUAAAAAGCCGUCUGCAGAGAAAGCCAGAACUCAGAUGUCCAGUUUGAUACGCGAAGUGAGAAACACCUUUAGCAGCAAUAAAUUAAUGUUGACCUUGACGGUGUUGCCCAAUGUCAAUGCCAGUGGUUUCUACGAUGUUCGCUCUAUUAUAGCCAACUUGGACUUGAUCAAUUUAGCUCCGUUCGAUUUUAGAAAUCCUCACAACAGUCGAAAAGUCGCUGACUAUUUGUCCCCCUUAAAAGCUCCGCCAAAACACCAACUACGUAAUCCAAAUGCCAAUGUGGAUUCACAGAUACAGUACUGGUUGUCGCAGGGCGCCAAUUCGAAACAAAUGAUUCUGGGUGUUCCCGCCUAUGGACGUACGUGGCAAAUUAAGAAAGUUUUGAAAAACGAUCGUCUACCAAUUUCCUCAUCAUUGGGCGGCCCAGCUGCAGGCGAUGAGAAGACGCACAAGCGAGGUUUAAUCGGUUGGUCCGAAGUCUGCAAGAAUGUGAAGAGCAUGACUAAAUUCGAAGAUAAGACAUUUGGCAAUUAUGCCUAUCGUGGCAUGGAGGUGAAGGGUGCCAAUGGCUUACUUGUUACCUAUGAGAAUGUGGACAGUGUUACCGAAAAGGCUGCAUAUGCUCAAAGUCGUGGUCUUGGGGGCAUGGCUUUAUUCGAUUUGAGUUUGGAUGAUUUCCGCGGCGAAUGCAACGGUGAUAAAUUCACUCUACUGAAAACCAUUCGAUAUAAGUUAUUGUAAAUGUUGAGUUAAGACAUUAUCGAAUUGAAUGAAACAUUUACAACAAUAAUUAUUUUUAAAUUUCAUAACUUUUUCAUUCUAAAUAAAUAAUUUGUCAUAAAUAA